CUGGUACCAUUCGCCCACUGUCUGAUUUUUUUUGGCUAAAGUUUCAUUACCGGAAAAUAAUUAAUUCAAUAAAAAUAAAACAAACACUUUACAAUAAUAGAAAACAAUAUAAAGUAGAUCCAUAGGAUUCCCAAAGUGCACAGAAUAUGAAUAUUGGGAAAAAGAUUAGCAAGGGCAACAGCUGUCGAUUAAAGUCUAGGCGGCCUCAAUAUUUGGACUAAAAUAAACAAGUAGAAAAAUAAAAAGGAUAAUAUUUGCGAUUUUACUGGUUCAUAUUGUGGCAGCAACUGAAUUCCCUUCAUAAAGGAUUGCUAAAAAUGGCCAAGGAAUCAUUUCGUGAGAGGCAAAUGCAGGAAUUGGAGGUCAUUAAGUCAAUAUUUGGCAAUGAAGUGGAAGACUUACGUCCCUACGACAACAAUGCAACCCCUUCGCAAUGGAAACCUACAGACAUUAGAAUCAUGUUGACACCCCUGAGAGACUCCUCCAAUGGCCAACCGGAGGCAUACGUGCGAACGAAGCUUCAUGUGGUCUGCCCAUCGAAAUAUCCAAAAUUAGCACCUAAAGUCACCCUGGAAGAGUCAAAGGGUAUAUCCGAUCAACUCAUAGAAGAAUUACUACAACAGCUACAAGAACAAUCGCAGGAAUUACGUGGUGAAGUUAUGAUCUACGAAUUGGCCCAAACGGUUCAAGCAUUUCUGCUUAAACAUAAUAAACCACCACGUGGCUCCUUCUAUGAUGAGAUGUUGCAACAAAAACAACAAAGAGAACAAGAAUUACUCGAUAUGAAAAAACAACGUGAAACCCAAGAACGCCAAAAUCUACUCGAAGAGGUUGAGAGGCGCAAAGAAAUGUUCAAAUCCGAAGCCAAACGUCGUGAACCACGUCGCAGCAUGAGUGAAUCAAAUCAUCGUCAUCCCAGUUCUUCCGAAAGCUCUGAGAGUUCAUCUCCCUAUUAUAGGGGGCAAAUGUAUCCCAUAAAAUGUAUGGAACAUCAUAAUAGUGAAACUUUAUAUUUCCACAAAGUGGGACGUCAAAUUAAGCGGGGCUGUUGUCUGGGCCACUCGCAAAAAGGUUGCAUAGCCUAUACCGGCAUAGACAUAGAUACGGGUCAAUUGGUUUACAUCACCGAAUGGAAUAUAAAAUAUUCCCAAAUUGAACAACAUUGUGGCGGUGGCAAAUGCCUAUUUACACCCGAACCAAAAUGUUCGGGAAGCCACCGUGUGGACGAUAUCAUGGCAUCAAUCGAAAAGCAAGUUAGCACUUUAUCGCAACUGCAUCAUAAGAAUCUCAUACAAUACGAAUGUGUGCUGUGUAUUAAACGUAAAGAGGGUCUACUGGUUUAUCUGGUGCAGGAUUUUGUCUUUGGCACAAGUGUUUUCAGUAUAUCCUCGGCCUUGGGCUGGAGCAUGGAUGGUGUUAAGAGUGUGGCCAAAGGUGUUUUGGAAGCUUUGGUUUUUCUUCACAAUAAAGGGGUGUCGCACAGCCACCUCUUGGAUACGACCGUUUUUAUGGACAACAGUGGUAUGAUAAGAAUAACGGAUUUCUCCAUUGUCACCAAUCUGCUAGAGUUAAUUGGAGGUUCGGGACAAAGAUCAACUCAAGGAGAUUUACCAGCGCUGGGAACAUUGGUGGAUAGUUUAAUGAGUACCCAUACCUUGGAGAUGAGAGAUUUUGUGGAAAAGUGCAAUUCGGAUCGUACUCUGUCUGCCUCUGAACUUUUGGAACAUCCAUUUCUACGAUGUUCCUUGCUCACCGCGGAUGAAAGAGAAAAUCAACACAUAACCAUGGCUCUGACCACUCACAGAACACUGGGUGGUGCUAUGAAACCCUCCAUGGCUGUGGCCCCAUUAAACCUUAAGCAACGUCAAGGCGCCGGACAAGCUCCAACAACACCUCAAACAAUAGCACCCUUUAGUAUUCCCUCCUUACCCUCUUCGCAGUCCCGUUUACGCACCGAAUUUGAAGUUCUUAUGUAUUUGGGUAAAGGUGCCUUUGGCGAUGUCCUGAAAGUUCGAAAUAUUCUAGAUAAUCGGGAAUAUGCCAUUAAACGUAUACCCCUACCGGCACGCAGUAAGCAGCUGUACAAAAAGAUGACCCGUGAAGUGGAGCUAUUGUCACGUUUGAAUCAUGAAAAUGUGGUGCGCUACUUUAACAGUUGGAUAGAGAGUGUCAAUGAUGAGGAUAUGGAGGAAAUGGAUAAAAUGAUAUCGGGCGACUGGUCAAUGAGUAUGGAAAGUAUUAAACCUCCCAAAUCGCCACAGGUUGAUUUAAAUGUUACCACCACGGAGACGGAUUCCUCUAGCUUAUGGAAUGGCUAUAUACCUCAUAUGGAUGAUUCCGAUUCGGAUGGCAUAGAAUUUGUCGACUCGAAUGGUGAGGUGGCGGUGUACAAUGACAACGAUGAUGAUGACGACGAUGAAGUGGAUUCGGAGCUGUGCAAGGCCAUGUCCCCUAAACCUUUAAUGCAAAUAAUGUACAUACAAAUGGAAUUCUGCGAGAAAUGCACCCUGCGCACCGCCAUUGAUGAUAAUCUCUACGAGCAGACCGAACGUCUUUGGAGGCUAUUUAGGGAAAUCGCCGAAGGUCUAUCCCAUAUACAUCAGCAGGGCAUUAUCCAUCGGGACUUGAAGCCGGUGAAUAUUUUCCUGGACUCCCAUGAUCAAAUAAAGAUAGGAGAUUUUGGCUUGGCCACCACCAGUUUCUUGGCCUUGCAAUCACAUCAAGAGCAGAGUAGCCAGCAAACCCAAAACUCUCACAAUAUAACAUCCACGGAAGAUGGUACAGGGACGGGAAAGGUGGGUACUACACUGUAUGUGGCACCUGAGCUGACGGGAAAUGCUUCCAAAUCGACAUAUAGCCAAAAGGUGGAUAUGUAUACCUUGGGAAUUAUACUCUUCGAAAUGUGCCAUUGUCCUUUUUCCACAGGCAUGGAAAGAGCCGAGACCAUAAUCAAUUUAAGAAGUCCUGCCAUUGUUAUACCCGAGUAUAUGUUGCAAAAUUCAAAGAAUGAAAAGACUAUAAAGCUUGUACGCUGGCUUUUAAAUCAUGAUCCCUCCCAAAGACCAACGGCGGAAGAACUUUUGGCUUCUGAUCUGCUGCCGCCCGCUCAGCUGGAGGCAAGUGAGUUGCAGGAGAUGCUAAAGAAUGCCCUGGCCAAUCCCCAAAGCAAGGCUUACAAACACAUAGUGGCAAGAUGUCUUCAACAGGAAAGUGAUGAAAUUUUGGAGCAUACCUAUCACCUGGGUGGGAGUCGUGCCAUGAAAUCCUGGAAUACCCCCAUAGUGCUGGAUAGUUUGGUAACCCUGAGUCCCCUAAUUGAAUUUGUUAAGGGCAAAGUGGUGGCCUUGUUUAGGAAACACGGUGCCAUUGAGGUGGACACGCCGCUUAUGUCGCCUCUCACGAAACAUACCAACCAUUGGGUGAAUCCUGUAAAGCUUAUGACCCAUUCGGGCUGUGUUGUGGUCUUACCCAGUGAUUUGCGCACUGAAUUUGCCCGCCAUAUUGCCAUGAGUGGGGUGAAUAUGAUACGACGUUAUUGUGUGGAUCGUGUUUAUCGUGAGGAGAAGGUCUUCAACUUUCAUCCCAAGCAGAAUUAUGAAUGUGCUUUCGAUAUCAUAUCUCCCCAUUCGGCCAGCCAUUUGGUGGAUGCCGAACUUUUAUCUUUGGCCUACGAGAUUGCUGCGGAAAUACCUAAUCCGAGAGAGAAAAAUAUCAUGAUACGCAUGAACCACACAAAUCUGUUGAAAGCCAUUCUGCUGUACUGCAAUGUGCCCAAAGCCAUGUAUGGCGAUUUAUUCGGCAGCAUAUUGGAUUUUAUUGAAGGUCGCAUAUCCAAAUUCCAGUUUCAUUCUAUUGUCAAUGCCAUCAUGGAGAAAUCUAGAACUUCGGCGUCAGCUGUACUAGAUCUUUUAUUGGCCAACUUCCAUAUGAGCGGCAAGAAUAGUGCCGAUGAUUCCUCUCUAAGAUCUUUGGUGCGAGGUAAGGGCGAGGCGGCUUCUUUGGCCAAAGGAGCUUUGCGAGAAAUGGAAUCCAUAGUUCUGCUGGCUCAAAGCCUGGGAGUCAAGUGUCCCAUACACAUUUUUGCCGGCCUGCCUAUAAGCUAUGAAAGAGCUUCAACGGGAGGUGUGGUUUGGCAAAUGAUUGCCGAUGUUAAGCCCAACAGAACCUCUCGCCCCUCUGUGCUGGCGGUAGGAGAGCGCUACGACAGCAUGCUAAUGGAUUUCCAAAAGCAAGCCCAAGGUUUUAAUCCCAAUAUACCGAAUCGAGGCAUUAGUGGUGCUGGUUUAUCUUUUUCUCUGGACAAGCUGGUGGCAGCCAUGAUGGGUUUUGAGGAUUCACAAAAGUGUCGCACCAUAGAUGUGGGUGUAUGUGUGUCAGGUUCAAGGCCUCCCCUGAAAGAUGUCACCUACAUUAUGCGCCUACUCUGGUCAGCCGGUAUACGUUGCAGCUUUAUAGAAUCGGUGACUUCUAGUGGUGAUGAGUCCCAAGAUUUGGCCAAGCUAGGAGCUACGCAUGUUAUUCUAGUGGCUGAAAAUGGGGCUUUGCGCAUACGUUCUUGGGAAAAGGAGCGUUUUCAGGAACGCCAUGUCACCCGCUCUGAAUUGGCGGAUUUUAUACAAAAAAUUCCUGCAAGAUGUGAUAUCAACUACAGCACCAGCCAUGAAUAUGCCACACAACAGCCAAAUGCUGGUGGCGGAGGCAUAGGAGGCGGCGGGGGUGGAGGCAGCGGCGGUGGCGGCAACAGUUAUGGAGGACGAGGCGAUAAUGCUUUGAGCACUUCUGCCUCGGGUACAAAUGUUAAAAAUCUAAUAAGUUCCAUUAGUUUAAGCAACCUGCCAAAUAUACAGGUCAUAUUUUCACUGACCCAUGACAAAAUGUCGGCCAAUUAUCGCAGAAGAUUGGAGAAUCAAGUAACUCAACAAAUGUCAUCUACUUUGGCACAAUUUGCCAAAAGCGAAAGUAUAGCAGUACUGGUGGUCGAAUUAUCCCCCUGUACCUUAAAUGCCAUUGUUGCAGCUAUUAAUCCCAGAGCCAUUGAUCAUAAAGAGACUGAACAGGAAAUCAAUUGUGUUGUCGAUAGGUUCCCCAAAAAUCGUCGCUAUAUUUCGGAAAUAUACGAAGAAAUCAUAGAUUAUAUUAACGAUGCGAAAACAACCAUAGUUGCCUUAUAUAGCAUAACGGAUUCAUACUAUCGUGUAAUAAUCUAAAGAAAGUGUGUGUAAGAGAGAAAGAGAGAGAUAGGAGUGGAAACGUAUCAUUGUGAGGUUGUAUACUAGAAAAUUAUGAAAUGAUUCCAGGCAUUAUAUGCUGUACAAAACUCCAUUUUCCAAGAGAGUAACAGGGAGUACUGCUGAAGAGACCAUAUCACAGGGUUAUUUUUUCCAAUGAAAUGGUAAUGUAAGGACAGUCGACUGCAAAAGCAAAACUUGAAUUAAAAACUCAAACAAACCUAUAAAUGAAUAAAGUCUUGGCCUACCAAGCUUCCAAAGGAGAAUCUAAGCACUUUAUGGAAUGCACCUUCUAGUACACAGAUUGGUGUCCCAAUAUAGGCAAAGUGGUAUUCAAAUCAAAUGAAUCUGAGAGUGUAUUGUUAAGUGGACCAAGGAUGGAGCUAUGAGGUAUGUUUAAGUAAAAUUUAAAUGUAACAACAAACUCUGUAAGAUGGGCUAGGAUAGAUUUUUAUACCCACUACUUUACACUGGUAAGACCUUUCGUCCAACCAUAUGUCGAAACCACGCCCGUUUUGAUCCCCAGUUAUUUACCGAUUUGACUGAAGUUUUGUAUGUGAAGUUCACCCAUGAUCUCUGAUCCAUAAAAAGAUGUAGCACCAAUACAAACAGUUCCCCCAAAUAUAUGUCAUGAGUUUAUAGAAUUCAAAUUUGCUCAUGAACAUUCCACUAAAGUACAAGGGCAAACUUCUCAGUUUAUAGCAGUCUCAAUUUUUUUCAUUUAGCUUCAUUUACCAAUGCAUUGUCCACAACUAAUGGGGUCUAGAUGGUAUCCUGAAUAGAUAUAGCCGCAUUAUAAGCUGAUCUCUCAAAUUGACUUUUUAGUUCUUUAUUUAGGUCGGUUGGGUUUGUAAAUGGGCCAAAUCGGUCCAUGUUUUAAUAUAGCCGCCUUAAAAACCGAUCUUGGGUCUUGACUUCUUGAGCCUCUAGAGGGCGGAAUUCUUGUCCGAUUUGACUGAAAUUUUGCAGGUGCUGUUUUGGUAUCACUUCCAACAACUGUACUAUGUAUGGUUCAAAUAGGUCCAUGUUUUGGUA